AUGGUGAAUGUAAAGACAGGGAGGAAGAUGUAUACUUUGGAGACAACUUGGAUAGAUGACAUGCCAGAGAAUAGGAAAACCAAACUCACAACCCCUGACACCAAGAGCCAUUACAGCAACUAUUAUGGAGUCUUGGGCUAUGGCUAUGGAGGCUUUGGUGGCCUGGGCUAUGGCCAUGGUUGUGGGCAUGGCAGCUUCCAAAGACUGGGCCAUGGCUGUGGCUUCAGAGGCUAUGGAUAUGGCUCUGGUUAUGGAAGCUACAGUUACAGCUGCUGUCACCAUCCAUCGUGCUAUGGAGGAUAUGGAUUCCUUAGUUUUUACUAA